AUGGCCAAAGCAGCAUCCCCGUAUUGUCGAAAGGACUCGGGCAUUGAACUAGACGAUAAAUACGAGAAGACCUCCUUCCUUGCUCUUCCAGCCGAGAUUCGCACCCAGAUCUGGCAACUCGUCUUCGACCCAGCACAAAGCUANCAAAAUGCAUUUCAAUGCCCCAGAUGCAACGAAAAUGCACCUUCAGCUCUUCAAGAAGACUACUGGGCUUCAACAUACCUCCAACCUCUACUCACCUGCCGUCAAUUCUAUCAAGACGCCCAUCUCCUAGCCUUCUCCCGAACAACCUUCGUGAUUCGUAACCCAUAUACCGUACUCGAUAUUGCAGGCCGCAUAAACUCCACACUUCGCCCUGCCCAGAUCUCCUCCCUUCGCAGUAUAGCAAUCAUCUCAGAAGCACGCCAUUUCCGCCAGAUGCACCAUUGGAAGACUCAUGCGUUUGGGAUACCUGCUCUUCGGCUUGAAGACAUGACGAUCAUACUACAUCGGUCCUCGUACUGGCAUUAUCUGUUCGACUUCAAUGUCAUGAUGACACAGAUGCUAAGGGACUUUAGCGGUGUUAAGAAGAUAUGUUUCGUACGGAAUCAUGCAAGAGUAAAGCCACACUUCCACACUUGGUUCAAUAGAUUUGUGGGUGCCAUGAUGAGAUUGGAUAGAGUGGAGAGGUUUGGAAGGAAAGAGUCUCGAGCGGAAAAGACUUGGUGGAAUUGGGUUUAUGAAGAUGACAAACAGACUGCGACGUUGAUCAAGGUGCCGAGUAAGGAUGCUGCGUUGGAUGUUGAGGAGUAUGAUGAGCUCAUGGCGCCUAUGAUGGAGUGGUUGAAGAAGAGUAUGGAGCUUGAGGAGUAUGAUCCGGAUCCGAUGUCGAGGCUUGGGUUUGUUUGA